AUGGACGCAGAACAUGAAUGCUUAUUAUUACACACUGAGUUAAGAUGGCUUUCCAGAGGAAAAGUGUUAAUGGGAGUAUUUGAACUAAAAGAAGAGUUAUUGGAAUUUUAUAGCACAGAAGGAAACAUGAUAUUUUGCGAACUCCUUAAAAAUGAAAAAUGGUGUGCUAUGUUAGCAUAUUUAGCAAAUAUAUUCAAUUAUAUUAACAGUGUUAAUAUUAACAUGCAAGGACGUGAAAAAAAUUUUUUAACUUCUACAAAUAAGCUUUAGGAUUUCAAAAAAAAAUUGUCAUGUGGAAAAGGAAAGUUACUGAAAAUAAUGUUUAAGUGUUUCCAUUGAUACCAAAUAAUGCUACAACAACAUUAGUACCUGUCAUUUAAGAACAUUUAAUUUCAUUAGAAGAUAAAAUCAACAAAUAUUUCCCAGAAAUAGAAAUAGCAAACUAUGAUUGGAUACGAAAUCCUUUUUCAUCGUUAUGUACUUUAAGUUUUAACUUAAGGUCACAAGAAGAAGAAGAACUUAUAUCUAUUUCUGUUAAUCGUAGUCUUAAAAUUAAAUUUUCUGAAGAAUCGAUUGAAGAAUUUUGGAUAUCAAUGAAAGAACUAUUUUCAAAAAUAUCAAAAAAAGCUUUAAUAAUUUUGUUGCAAUUUUUGACUUUAUAUCUUGCGAGUUAG